AUGACUUCAAAAUUCAAGCACCCCUAUCAGGAACACGAGAUUGUGGAAGCACUGAAAGUGGUUAUCAAGCAGUACUUGGUGAGGUAUGACCGUAUGGUCUCUCUACAGAUACAAGUCUUCGCUGGGUCUGGCGCUAAGAAGGGGCCUCGAUCUCAAACUCGACAGUCAUCAGCCCGGGACGAUAACAACUGGUCCAGCCGGAGCUACAGCACUCUAUCAAUCUCAGACCGUAAUGGAAAGUUUGGACUUCUUUUUGACCGUGAUAUAGUCGUUCAACCUUUUAAAACGCCAUCGGCUGUGCUAGCGGCUGCUGCUGGGGAGUUAACGCCACGUACAGAGAUGAAAGAGGGAAUGGAGAUCACAAACCAUGCCCGUUUGGCCGUUAACUAUUUCAGCCAUCUUGUCAAGGAUGGGGAAGCUAUGAUUGAGAAUGGUCAGAAGAGCAUGAAAGGGGAAAAGGCAUCGCAGCCGAAGGGUACUGACCUUCCCGGGGCGAGUGCUGGGUCCACCAGCACCGUUCGUGGUUGA